AUAUUGGGAACGUGACCCUGAUUUUAUAUCACUUGCCUCAUUGAAACCUUCAAAAUCUCGGACUACUUUGGAAAUAGUACGGGAUGGACCAGAAGGAAAUAUAAUCGGUUAUAAAGAAAUAACAAUUGGGGAAUCCACCAUUACUUCUCAAAAUUCAUCAUCAUUUUUACGUGAACCUGGUGCAUUGAAAAAUUUUGUAAGGGGAAAGUCCAGUUAUCUUCCGUUUGCACCUGGUGGAUUGGAAUCCGAAGUGAUGGUUGAUACAAUAAGUGAAAUUGUUAAAGAAACAGAUGCAUUGAUAUUUGGGGAAGAUGAAUUAUUAACAGUACCUCCGGGAUUCGAACGUGGCUUGAGUUAUGAAGACGAACUACCUCAAACAAGCCCGAUGCAGAAUAAAUUUGUAACCGGGUUAAAUAUUACAGAUAUGAUAGGACACGAAGAAGAUGAACUUGCAGAAUUUCUUGAACCUAUUGAUGAGGAUGUUUCAGAACAAAGCUCUAAAACUCAACCUAUAGUUGACGAUGUACCAGAUUCAAAAGUCAUACCUCCAGCUAAAGAUGAAAUGGAAAAAGUUUUCGAUAGCUUUUUACCUACGCAA